AUGGUCACCUACUGCCGCGAUCGGUGGGGAAACACAUAUCGAUGUCGGUCGUCGUGGUAUCACUGGGGCCGCUGGGUAUUACUAGGAGUUAUCCUCGUCGUCGCAUUUGUGGCAUUCUUCAUGUUCGCAUGUAUGUCGGCUCGGAAGCGUCGUCGUCGCGGUCAGCAACCUUUGUAUGGCACAGGCUGGACCGCCGCGGGCCAACACCCUCCGCAGGGUCAGUGGCAGCAACAACCGCAAUAUCCUAAUCAAGCCCCGCCUGCACCACCUGGAUACCAACCGUCUCCAGAACAAGGCUACGGGCAGGGAUACAGUCAGGAUCAGGGGUACUACGGUCAGCAGCAAUACGGAACCCAGCUCCAGCAGCCACCCAAUGCCUAUGCCCGGGAUGGGGGAUUUUCACCCCCACCCGGACCGCCCCCGGGAAACUAUAAGUAG